CUGAAUGAGUCCACGAGCUGGUGGCGGCAGCAGCUCUGUUAACACCUGAGGCUUAGCGGCCGCUUGUUGUGUCUGCCGCUGGGCCACCAGGUUCAUGUGGAGGCUCCCGGGCGCCCGCGCCGCAUUUCGUGGGGUCCGCGCGGCCGUGGAGAGACACAGUCGGGCGGAGCCGGCGGUGGGCUCGAUGGAGCGCGCCGUGGUGCGCUGUGUGCCCUCCGAGCCUAAGCUAAGCCUGUCGUUCUCGUUGGCCGAUGGCAGCCACAAGAACAUGCAGCGCGACCAAAGCGAGCCGCUGGGUCGAGUCCUCAGCCGGAUAGCCACCAACGCCCUUAAAGGCCACGCUAAAGCGGCCGCGGCCAAGAAGAGCCGAAAGAACCGGCCAAACGCAAGCGGCGGCGGAGCAUGUGCGGGGCCUGGGUCCGAGCAGGCUGCGGCCUGCGAGCCCGUGGUGAAGCUGUACUACCGGGAGGAGGCAGUGGCUGAAGAUGUGCUCAAUGUGGAUGCCUGGCAGGACGGUGCGGUGCUGCAGAUCGGCGAUGUCAAGUACAAGGUGGAGCGCAACCCGCCCGCCUUCACCGAGCUGCAGUUGCCACGGUACAUCAUGGCCGGCUUCCCGGUUUGCCCCAAGCUCAGCGUCGAGUUUGGGGAUCCCGCCGGCUCCCUCUUCCGCUGGUACAGGGAAGCCAAACCGGGAUCGGCAGAGCCUGAGGGCGGGGCCCCGUCAUCAUUGUCUCCCUCCUCGCCUAAUACUAGUUGGACGAACACGGGUGUGGACGAGCGCGUCUACACCCCGUCUAAUGCCGACAUCGGGCGACGUCUCAAGCUUCAUUGCACCCCGGGCAAUGGGCAGCGCUUCGGACCCAGCCGGGAGUUGGAAAGUGUGUGUCUAGUGGAGGCGGGGCCCGGCACUUGCACCUUUGAUCACCGGCAUCUCUACACUAAGAAGGUGACGGACGACGCUCUCAUCCGCACUGUCUCCUACAACAUCCUCGCCGACACGUACGCCCAGACUGAGUUUUCGCGGACCGUCCUGUACCCGUACUGCGCCCCUUACGCCCUGGAGCUCGACUACCGUCAGAACCUUAUCCAGAAGGAACUCACCGGCUACAACGCCGACCUCAUCUGUUUGCAGGAGGUUGACCGCGGCGUGUUCACGGACAGCUUGGUGCCAGCCCUCGAGGCCUUUGGGCUGGAGGGCGUGUUUCGAAUCAAGCAGCAGGAAGGCCUAGCUACUUUCUACCGAAAGUCCAAGUUCAGCCUCCUUAGCCAGCAUGACAUUUCUUUCCAUGAAGCCCUGCAGUCCGACCCACUUCACAAAGAACUGCUGGAGAAAUUAGUUUUGAACCCAGCGGCCCAGGAGAGGGUGUUCCAGAGAUCUUCCGUCCUUCAGGUUUCUGUUCUUCAGUCUACAAAGGACUCUUCUAAAAAGAUAUGUGUUGCUAAUACCCAUCUCUACUGGCAUCCCAAAGGUGGGUACAUUCGUCUCAUUCAAAUAGCAGUAGCCUUGGCUCACAUUAGACAUGUCUCAUGUGAUCUGUAUCCUGGCAUACCAGUUAUAUUUUGUGGGGACUUUAAUAGUACCCCAUCAACAGGAAUGUAUCAUUUUGUCAUCAAUGGCAACAUUCCAGAGGAUCAUGAAGACUGGGCUUCCUAUGGGGAAGAGGAACGAUGCAACAUGUCUCUUACCCAUUUCUUGAAACUGCAAAGUGCUUGUGGUGAACCUGCUUACACAAAUUAUGUUGGUGGCUUUCAUGGAUGUCUGGAUUACAUUUUCAUUGACUUAAAUGCUUUAGAGGUUGAACAGGUGAUUCCACUACCUAGUCAUGAAGAAGUUACCACCCACCAGGCCUUACCUAGUGUUUCUCAUCCCUCGGAUCACAUAGCACUUGUAUGUGAUUUAAAAUGGAAAUAGAUUUGUGUUUAAUGGAAUUUAAGUCUGCUUUAAUAAGAGAUAUUUAAUAUGAAUCAAAGUUUAUGUGUAACCUUCAAAGAGGAAAACUAGACACUAGGUUCUUAGUUCUUACCCUACUAGUUGUUUUAAUGUCUUCAUUACAUGACUUCAUCAUCUUUGCAUAAUAUAGUUUCUGUACUCUUCUCCUCCCUCCCCCACACUUGGAGGAAAAACAAAUAUAUUUAUGACUGGCAGGGAACAUUGAAUUAUUGUGUACAUUUUAUAAAUACUUUUUUUUUUAGCCUCGCUAUUAAGAAUUUUGUAAAAUACCAUUUGAAUGAUGCUAUAAUUUUUCUAUCAUAACAUUUCCAAUUGAAUCAUGUUUAUAUAAUUAGGGGGGAAUGCAUACAAGUUAAGGUGAGAGGCCUAAGUUCUGAUAUGUGAGAGGAAUAACAUUAGGGCUUACCUCUACCUCAAUUUGGUUAGCAAUUUAAUACAACUUGAGAACUUUAACAAAAGAUUAAAAUAUUGUUAUUGCUUCUCAUCUUUCAUUUUUCAAUUAACAUAGUUUCAUUCUCUUGUUUUUGGGAUUUUAGCUGUUAGUACAACUAAAUAUGGUACAAAUGAACAUAUUCAUAUAUUUUUUACUGCAGCUCAUUUUAACUUUUAGGAUGCAAGCACAAUUUAAUAUUCAAAGUGAAUAGCAACAAAGUAAACUUUAACCCUUUAAGUACUCUUGCCCAUGAAAAGUGUUCAUAAAUUAACAGAAUGUGACCAUGUGAUACUAGAAAAUACAGCACAAUACAUUAUGAGAAACUACUUACUGAUGUGGGCUUUAAAUUUUGGAUGAACUAUUGAGCAUUUCUAUGUUAGAAGUAUUUUUGAAAUUGUUGGUUUUAUAAAUAGAAAAGGGAGCAGUGUGGCUUUUGAGGGUCUUGGAAAUAAACAUCCUUUUAUAGGCUUGAGCAUUACAAUUUGAGUUGCAGGUAAACAUUAUAUAUAUAAUUUAUAUACUGUAAAAAAAAUUUUAAUAUAAAGCCAAACUUUCUAAAAUUAGAAAUUACAGUUUUACUGAAUGGUAUCUGGCCUAGUGUGGUAACCAAGCUUUUCUAACUCAAUUAUCACCAUACCUAAUCUGUAAUGCUUUAGCUGUUGUUUUUUUGAUGUUUGGGAAAACUGUAAUAUUAUCUCAUUUCUGCAUUUAAUUUCCAGCUUAGAUAUUAAAAGCCCCUCCAUUUCAAGAA